AGAAGAAGCAGCCCGAGUAGCUGUUGCUCUCUGGUCAGUAGUAGUCCUCACCGUCUUCUUCCUUCCUCUUCUUCUCCCUCCGCUCGAAGCCCUAAGAAAAAAACUCUCCGCGAAUCUCUGCUGCGAUCUCCGCUGAACUAUUCCACCCUUCGCACCGUUUUUGACGGAAAAACUUGCAUAAGAGAAUUGUGGGUGUGUUCUAAAAGAAGAUGGACAAAGUUACUGGCAACAUGGAGGAAAAUCCAAAUCUACCGCAUCCUGUUCCAACCCCAAAUCUUCCUCCCGACACGAAGCCUGAAUGCGUGGAUUUUCCUAAAUACUCCAUAGUUGGCAGGCGUGGGAUAGGGAGUGCUGGCAGGCAAAUAAAUCUGCUCACCAACCACUUUAAAGUUUCUGUCAAUGUUCCAGAUGCAGUUUUUUACCAGUACAGUGUUUCUAUUACUUCAGAAGAUAAGAGAGCUGUCGAGGGAAAGGGAAUUGGGAGAAAGCUUAUUGACAAGCUAUACCAAACCUACUCUUCUGAACUUGCUGGUAAGAAAUUUGCUUAUGAUGGAGAAAAAACUUUGUAUACAGUGGGUCCCCUGCCACAGAACAAGCUCGAAUUCACUGUGGUUCUUGAAGAUUCUUUUGCAAAGAGGGAAAGUGAGAGCCUUGUUGGUGGUAAUGAUGGUGAGAGUUCGAAUGGUUCUACUAAACGGUCAAAACGCUCUUUCCAGUCAAAGACUUUUCAGGUAGAAAUAAGCUAUGCUGCAAAAGUACCCUUGAAGUCGAUCUUUCUUGGUUUAAAAGGAAUGGAUAAGGUUAAUAAUGGUCAGGAUGCUCUAAGAGUGCUUGAUAUAGUAUUGAGACAGACAGCGGCGAAAUGGGGAUGUCUUCUGGUAAGACAGUCAUUCUUCCAUGAUGAUUCAAGGAAUUUCACAGAUGUCGGAGAAGGUGUAGCUGGUGUUAAAGGUUUUCAUGCCAGCUUUCGUCCAACUCAGGGUGGUUUGUCCCUGAAUAUGGAUGUGUCUACAACAAUGAUCCUAAAACCAGGACCUGUGAUUGAAUUCCUUUUAACCAACCAGAAUGUGAAGGAACAUCGUUACAUUGACUGGGCUAAGGCCAAGAAGAUGCUGAAGAAUCUGAGGGUUAAGACUAGACACAGCAACAUGGAGUACAAAGUAGUUGGUCUUAGUGAUAAGCCAUGCAAUCAGCAAUUUUUCCCUAUGAAACUGAGAAAUAGGAAAGGCCCAGAUGACGAGGAGCAGACUGUGGAUAUUACUGUAUCUGAAUAUUUUAUUAAGCACCGUGGCAUAGAGCUUACAUUCUCUGCAUACUUGCCAUGCCUUAAUGUUGGCAAACCAAAGCGACCAAAUUACCUACCUCUGGAGCUUUGUUCGCUUGUUUCACUUCAACGCUAUACAAAAGCACUAUCAUCAAUGCAGAGAGCAUCUUUAGUUGAAAAGUCAAGGCAAAAGCCUCCGGAGAGGAUAAGAACUCUAGUUGAUGCUUUGAGAAACUACCGUUAUGAUGAGGAUCCUGUGCUUGCUGCAUGUGGUAUUUCCUUAGAAAAGCAAUUGAUCCAAAUCAAAGGCCGUGUUCUUGAAUCCCCAAAGCUAAAGGUGGGGAAUGGUAAUGAUUGCAUCCCUCGUAAUGGACGGUGGAACUACAAUCAAAAGACCCUUUUGCAACCUUCCAAGAUCGAACGUUGGGUUAUUGUCAACUUCUCUGCUCGUUGUGAUACUAGUCGCCUUUCACGUGAGUUCAUUGACUGCGGUCGGACUAAGGGCGUGCAAAUUGAUUGUCCGGUGGCUCUUAUUGAGGAAGAUUCACAGUUGCGACGGGAGAGUCCUCUUAGAAGGGUAGAAAGGAUGUUUGAAAAGAUUAGAGAGAAGUUAUCACGUCCACCUAAUCUCAUUCUGUGUGUUUUGGCGGAGCGGAAGAACUCUAAUAUCUAUGGGCCUUGGAAGAAGAUUUGUCUCAGUGACUUUGGUGUUGUCACGCAGUGCAUUAGCCCAUUUAAGAUAAAUGAUCAAUACCUUACAAAUGUGCUUCUUAAAGUCAAUUCAAAGCUCGGGGGAAUAAAUUCUUUGUUGGCAAUAGAGCACUCUUCAAGUGUCCCCAUAAUAAAGGAUACUCCUACAAUGAUUCUGGGUAUGGAUGUCUCUCAUGGUUCUCCUGGUCGAUCAGAUAUGCCAUCCAUCGCUGCGGUUGUUGGCUCUCGAUGUUGGCCAUUGAUUUCAAGAUAUAGAGCAUCUGUAAGAACACAGUCACCAAAGGUGGAGAUGAUUGAUGCUUUAUUCAAGCCUUCGGCUGACGGGGUUGAUGAUGGUAUCAUGCGAGAACUGCUCUUAGACUUCUACCAGUCAAGCAAUGGACGCAAGCCGACUCAGAUAAUUGUUUUCCGGGAUGGAGUGAGCGAGUCACAGUUCAAUCAAGUUUUAAACAUCGAACUGGAGCAAAUUGUCAAGGCCUAUCAGAAUUUGGGGGAGACCAAUAUUCCAAAAUUCACUGUUAUCGUGGCGCAGAAGAAUCACCACACAAAGCUUUUUCAAGCUAAUUCUCCAGAAAAUGUUCCACCUGGGACAGUGGUGGAUUCAAUGAUCGUCCAUCCAAGAAACUACGACUUCUACAUGUGUGCUCAAGCCGGGAUGAUUGGAACUUCUAGACCAGCACACUAUCACGUUCUGAUUGAUGAGAUUGGUUUCUCUGCUGAUGGAUUGCAAAAUCUUAUUCACUCGCUAUCUUAUGUGUAUCAGAGGAGCACCACUGCUAUCUCGAUUGUUGCUCCGAUAUAUUACGCACACCUUGCUGCAAAGCAGAUGUCCCAAUUUAUAAAGUUCGAGGAUUUAUCAGAAACCUCGUCUGGACAAGAAAGCAUCGCGUCUGCUCCUCCCGUGCCUGAGCUCCCCAGGUUGCACGAGAAUGUCUGCAGCUCUAUGUUCUUCUGUUAGUGUGCUGGCCACUGCUCUCUGUGAAUGCUCCACUAGUUCGAUUGAUGUUCAUGAUUCGUAGAGUUAGGUACCGAGUAGUUUAUAUGCAGGCAGACACCUCUAGUUUAGCCAUUUUAUAGUUUAAUCAUAUGGGAGAGCUAAGUAAAGGAAACACCUGAAGCAAUCAGUUUUGUGUAAUAGGAAAAUUUUUGAGUGCUUCAUGCCAAACGAAGUCGAUAUCUCUAAAUUGUAUAGCUCGAGCUUCUGAAGAUAUGACCGGUCUGGUCGUCUUACUACUUAAAUCACCAGUUUGGUGUAAUCUGCUCUUUGAUCUGUCAUUUAUCUGCUCUUUGAUCUGUCA